AUGGCAUCAAAAAGUACCAGUCGAUCACAACCUAUUAAUACAACGACACAAUGUAAUGACACAGGUUUCGAUUUUCCAUUGAGUCCAAAUGAACCGGGAAAAUUCGAUUUCUAUCGUGUGCAUUUAAAUAAUCAAGCUCAUAAAAAUGAUUCAAUGUUUUCGGAUAAUUAUGAACCACCUCAUAUAUCAACUGAAUUACCAAAGCGUUUGACAGCAUUCGCUAAUAUGAAACAUUUAUCCGAUCAAGGAAAAACUUCUUCAUCAUCAGCCUUAUUUUGUUCAACAUUACAAUCAUCAACAGAUUCGGAUGUAUCGACUAUACAUAACAAGACAUUAAAUAAACCAAUACAAACAGUUGCAUCAUUUUCAUCAUUAGCUGAUGCAGUUAAAAAUGCUAUGAACAGAGGACAUUUAAAUACUACUACAGAUCAACUUCGACGGCCUGUAAGUGGAACAACUUUAUCAUCAAAAGAUCUUAAUCAUUUAUCACCUCAAUCCAUGUAG